CUUAUGCUCUUAUGUUCUUAUGGUAGCCAGUUAUCCCUCCAAAUCACCCCUCCUUGUAGCAACGAGCAAUAUUAUGAAUAUUUGGGGCGAUGCUGUGCGAAAUGUGAGCCAGGAAAGUACAUGUCCUCAAAAUGCACUGCCAGUUCAGAGACUAAAUGCCAGCCCUGUGGCCCCAAUGAAUACAUGGACAUCUGGAAUGAAGAAGAAAAGUGCUUGCUGCACAAAAUAUGCGAUCGUGGAAAAGCUUUAAGAGAAGUGCAUCCAGGAAACAGCACGUUCCACCGACAGUGCGCCUGCACAGCUGGCUACCACUGGAAUGAAGACUGCGACUGCUGUCGGCGAAACACAAAAUGUCCUCCAGGUUUCGGAGUGAAGUAUCCUGUACAAGAGGGCAAGGAUGCCGUCUGUCUGCCAUGUCCCACAGGGCACUUUUCUAAUAUCACUUCCUCAACUGAUGAAUGUAAACCCUGGACUAACUGUACAGCACUUGGAGCUGAGGAAAAAAUUCCUGGCAAUGAUAGGUCUGAUGUAGUUUGUGAGAAGCUUCUGAAGAUCAUAGAUUCACAAGAUGAAACAAACCAAUUAUUUUAUAUGUUGGUUGCUCCACUCCUCCUUGUGGCCGUGGUCAGUACUGCUGCCCUCGCUGCGUACUAUCGGAAUAAGGGGAAAGUAUUGACAGCAGAUCUGCAGUACUGGGUGAAUGAAAUCUGCACGCAAAUAAAAGGGACAAAGGAUCCCCCCACAGAAACAUUUGUAAACACAAAUAUGGAGAGUCUUUCUGGUCUUCGGCUUUUGAGAGGAACUUAUCUGCUGGACCUUGAUGAAUAUUCAUUUUCUGACGACCUGUGUUUCCCAACGGGUCACAUCGUGUGUGAAAAUGCUGACACUGAUACGAUCCACUAUGAAUCGGGAGAGGACUUCCCAAUGCUGUCUCUGGGGAGUGAGAAAGAAGACGACCACCUUCGUCCGGUUCCCACGGAAGAUGAGUAUUUGGACAGAAUCCCCCAAGGCUGUGGUUACCUGCCUUUGCUGAGUCAGCCUGACAGCGCACCUGCAUUGCUCUUAUCGGAGCCACUGGAAGUGGGGGAAAACGAUAGCUUAAGUCAGUGCUUUGCGGGAACUGAAAGCUUGGUGGACUUAUCGAACUGCUGCGGGUCCAGCCUUUCAUGGGGAACAGACUCUCCCCGUGCUUCCUCUGACAAAUGCCCACAGAAUUCUUGUCAUCUCUGCGGCCGCAGCACCAUGGGGGAUGCUGGGAGCCAGGACACAGGUGGCUCCCUGCUGAUGCCCACAGUGACAAACUGCCCUGCCUGUGGGAAUGAUCCAACAAGCACUCCGGGGGCCAGAGGGGAACCAUCUGAUGGAACUGAGGCAAAGGACCAGAAUGCAAAAAGGAGCAACGCCGGAUCAAAGUGCAACACUUCCGACCUUCCAGCAGCAUCUGGAAAUGUGACUGGAAACAGUAACUCAACAUUCAUCUCAAGUGGACAAGUCAUGAAUUUUAAAGGCGAAAUCAUUGUUGUCUACGUUAGUCAGAACUCCCAAGAGGGUUCAGCGUCUCCUGGGGCGACUGAGGGCAACUUGGGCAGUCCGGUGCAAGAGGAAAACCUGAACCGCUGUGAGACAUUUGCAGGCAACGUUCCCCAGUAUAAGGAGAAAUGUGCAGAGAUGGAUUCCUAUCACAGCACCGAAAGCGAAGGGGGAGGCAGUGCUGUGGAAGAGUACAAGAGAACUUCAGGGCCUGUAGUUCAAGAAGAGAAUCAAGACUGUCCAAAAACAAAACACUUUGGUAAUGAAGCCUCCCAACCGGUACAAGAGGAGGGGAAACCAGAACAGUUCCUAGAAAAGUCUGUUUUGGCCCUCGGGCACAAACUUUGGCAAGAGGCAGUUGAAGAGGUGCCGAAGUGCAGCAAGUUCUGUCUUCAGUCAGGAGCCCAGAACCAGACGCUCCACAGAAGACAACUCAACGGACAACAGUUACAAUUCUGCUCACAGAAGACGAGGACAAUUUUUUGCCAGUUCAUCUUCGUGGCGUCCUUGCAGGCCCACUUGGGAACUGCGCACACGGAGGCCUUUGCAUGCUCAGUUCCCAUGUGGGACUGCAAGGAGGACCAAUCGAUGAGCAACGGUUACAGAAUUUUUUUCUGUGCGUUAAACACCCGCAUUCUGGCUGAGGCCGCGGGGAGGGAUUGCUGGCGGUCAUUCCUGGAGGAAGCACGCCGCACACGUCUGGACUCCACUGAGGUUGUGGUUCGAGCCUGGGAGGAAACCAAUUGGCUUGCUGCCCUCGUGGAGGAACUUUAUUUAGCCCAGCAGGAUGCUGUACUCCUUGCCCUCAUGGCAGAGAAGCCGGAGGAGACGAUCCCGGAAAAGCCGGAGGAGACAAUCCCGGAGCAGCUUCAGUUUUACCGGGAGGCGGAGAAUGCCGCCGCCAAAGCGGAUUUACAACUGAUUGAUGUGCCACCAGAAACUGUUACCAAAGCCGUGGUUUUACAAAUAUUGAAAUAUUGUUUUAACUGUCCGGUGCCGGGCUACUGGGCCUACCGGGAGCCCCAUUACUGGGACAACCUGCUCUGCCACCGCCUGGGCAACCAGGCGCACCACCGCCGGGACAGCCUGCCCCGGGGCUACCCAGUGCGCCCAUGCCGCAACCGAUACCACGUCCCUAUGCUCAGCACAGAGAUCUGCGAAUAA